AAGAGGAUGCAGGUUUGGAGGGAUGACAUUCAGCAUGGAGCCAUCCAGACUCCAUCUGGCACCUUCUGUUUAGGACACAAGUGGCCUUGUUGGGGAUGGAUUCUGUGACCACGAAAUCAAGGGAAGCAGUAACUAGCACUGGGACAGAGCCCUUGGGCUUAGGUGCUCUGAGCUUAAUUGCCCCAGGUGUGAUGGGGGAGGGGGGGCUGAAUGAUGCUUUUUCAAAGGAAGUGUUUGCUCUCUGCUGCCCUGUUGAGGCUGCAGAGAUUGGAAUCUGGCUUUGGCUGGGUAAAGUUCUUGGCGGUAGUGCCCUUUGGGGACCCAUAUGGGCCUCUUCCUUCUCCCACCUAUUGCACCUCAGUGUUAGAACAGGGGAAUGGCAUUAUUCGGUGGGGGCCCGGCCAUCCGCCUCCUGUCGCCCGUGUUCCUGUGCGUGUCCGUUCCUGAUGCUGUGGGACCUGCUCUUCAGCACUGUCACCAGGGAAACCGGGCUGCCAGGCAACCACAAGCCAGUCCUUCAUUAAUUUAGAUGAGAGAGAGGGCUGUAAAUUCAGAACCCACUUCCUGCAGGCAUAAGGGGUGGGGGCCCCGUCUCCAUAUCCCUGGGCUGGCCGGAGGGACAGGCGGGGAAGGGGUUUGGGGCUGGCCCGCUCAGCCCCAGGAGAUACCCAGCCAAGAAAGUGACUGCCACGCUUCCUGGGCCAUUGGUGGCUGUGGCAUGGGAGAGUUAGAAAGGGUAUCCAGGGCAGCCCCCUCAAGUGAGCAUUGUGGGUCCUGACCCCCCCUCCCCAGAAUCCAGAUUCCAGGGCCCCAUGGCACCGUCCCCACCUGGACUUCCAGCUCCAUUGCUUCCCUCCUCCUCCUCGUUUCUGUCAGCCUCACAAGCCCCAGGGGAAACACACCAUAAAUCAUUACGUCUUGGAGACAGGAGCAGAUGGAGGCUUUGGGGGAAGGGGAGGAAGCCAGGUUAUGUUUGGCAGAGAAGAAAGCACAGUCUGGUAAGGAAAAUGUUUCUGUGUUUAAGCUUCGAGGAAUGUUAAAUGCCUGGGAGUUGAUAUUAAAAGAAAUACAAACCUUCCUGCUGCCAGCUGACCUGGGCCUAUGCGCGGCCAGCUGAGAGCCAGCAUUCUCUGGAGGACUUCGGAGUCUCCCAGCCCUCUCCUCCCCAGGGCGCAGCCCUUGGCCCUCAGCUAUGGAGCUGCCUUGCCCUCCUGCCUGUGGGUCAGGGAGGGGUGGGGGUGUCCUGCCCAGUGUGCGCCAUGCCUCAUAAAGCCUGCUCCCCCGUGAUGCCCCACGGAGCCCCUGUGGAUCACCAGGCUGGGUGGAAAGCCUGCGCUGAGCCAGUCCCAUGUGGCCAGGCCCCGCGGAGCCACAGAACAGCCUGUUCCCACAUCUUGCUCCCACCUCCCUUUAUGCCACGUGUCCAAGGAAAGGAAUUGGCACCAGCCUCUGGCACAUGGCUCUGCUCCCCUUUGGCGGGCACUGAGGAAGGAGCUAAAGGUGGCCUUGCCAUAGGGGCCAUCUUUGGUAAUGUUCGGGUGACCUGAAGGAGAGGCAGGGGAAAGAAGGCCCAUGCCUGUCUGCCACCUUCUUUCUAAGCCCCUUCCUACUCAGCCCAUCCAAAGAACAGCGAGUGAUUCCGUUUCCUGAGCUCCAGGUGUUUGCUCAGAAACGAGUCUCUCUCUGAGUUUGCCUGCUGUGGCAGUGGGGGCAGGGAAUCUGGAGCAGCAGGCUGGGGGUGCGGGACAGCAUUUAGUGGCAGACAAAUGGCAGCACUGAUCAGCAACACCUGUGUCCAGCCCUUGGGCUCUUGGAGGCACAUUCCCAAACAUGAUCUCCUCUGAUCCUCGCAACAGCUCUGUGAGGAAAAUGACAAUUAUAUCCUCCCCGUGAGGACACUGAGGCCCGUCGCCUCUGCUGACCGUGUGCAGGGCAACCAUGCCCUCUCUGUGCUGUGUCCUUAUCCCCCAGGCCUCCAUCAAGGAAUCUCCCAGGCUGGGUACAGGGCACUGGCAUGGCUAGUGGCCCAGAGAAGGAGCCAGGGUGAUAUUCUGCCCCAGCACCCCACUUUAUGGUAUAAAGUGAGCCUAGUCCUUCUUUAGUCUGGAGUCCUUUUACAUUGGCAGGGGAUGCUUACCGCCUGGUGCACCUGGCAAGAAGCAGAAUGAGCAUGCCUGCAGAGAAAAGAGCCAGGGGUGGGGGACUUACCAUCUAUCUGCAGUGUACCCACCAUGGGCUGGCUGCUCCAAGAUCCAUAGGGGCCUGGCCUCAAGAUCGGAGAGCCAAGCCACAAGAGAGCACAACAAGAUGCCAGUAAUGAUGGUGAUAGCACCCCAGAGCUAGCACCCAGCACUUGCAGCUGUUUUCUCAGGGGUCUUCACAUACCCUGUGGGAGAGGAAAGCGAUCGCAGUUGGAAAGAUGAGAAGACUGAGGCACCAAAGGGGUAGGUGACCUGUCCAACGCCAGGCUGCCCUUGGGGAGGGAGACAGGACCAGAACCAGAACUGGAGGCAGGCUGGAGCCCUGUCCUCUGCAGACGUUCUCCUGCCUGCCGCUGUUCCCUGUGGAAUAAGAUGGAAAAGCGUGCAGCAGGAAUUCAAAGAAGGAAAGACCACCGUGGGCCGGAAUCGGGGAGGCUCCCAGGAGGAGGUGGAGUGAGGGGGAUUUGAGAGCCCUGGAUGUUUUAAAAUUCCAAAUGCAGUGUUUAUAUUAGAAGGAAAAUUGCAGUAAUAGUAAAGGGACUUGAAACAGAAUCACGAGCCGUCCCUCCUCCCACUCCUCUGAAACAGCCAUUCGACUUUGUGCCUUUUCCCUUCCGCAGGCAUAGAAAUUUUUAUAUAGCUUUAAUCACAGUGUGUAUUUUGUAUUUUUUCUAUUUUCAUGUAAUAUCAUUACCUCCCUUUUUUCUGGGGCUGUAUGUAGUCUUUAUAAUUACCUUUUUUAUUACAUUACCCAGAGUAGAUCUUAUACUUCAUAAAAAUCAUUUUACAUAAUGGCCAGCACAUGAAUUGCCAUUUUAAGGUUCUGUGUUAUUCUAGCAAGGUGGGCAGGCUCUGGAUCAGCAGAAAGGAGCAGGGUGGGCAUUCCGGGGAAAGGGCCUUUGUGGCCAUGCUGGGAGGCAGGGAUGUGCAGGAAGUGUCCCAGGAAAUUAAAGAACCCGCCUGCCCCGAGCAGGAGGGAUUGUGAGUAACACAAGUCAGAGGGAGAUUGAAGGAAUGAAUGAAAGAAGAGAUCAGAAGGGUUUUAGGCCAGAGGACUCCUAGGGGGCAUUUAAUCCAAUCCUGUUUUGGGCCGAGAAGGAAACUGAGACCAGAAAGGGUGAGUGACAGAGCCACAGUGAUUGAGCAGGGGCUCCAAAUUCAGGGACCCAGUCCCAGGUUGGUCAUGCUUGGUCAGCUGCUGGGCAAAUGAAUGAAAGAAAAUGCUCUUAGAUGGGGCGGGUGUCAGUCUGUGACCCUCAGGGAUCUGCCCUUUGUCACUACAAAUUUCCUGGAGCCUCCCCCACCCCCAGCUUAGUGCAUUUCUCCUCUUCCAUGGUCAGGAGCCCUCCCUUUGUUCCCCAGACCCAAGAGGCCAGUAUGUCCAGAUUCUCUGUCCAGGCCACCCCCACUGCCUGCCUCCUCCUUGCGGACCCACCCCCACCUGACCGAGGAACCUCUCAGCCAGGAGGCCCCCCUUUGUCUGCCUUGGCUCCCUGGCCCCAGGGGACUCCCAUAUGUUUAUCUCAGUCUAUUUCCAACUAUGCUACUCCAGGCUCCAGAUGUGCUGUCCCCAACUGGGACCUACCCGCUGGCUGAUUAGCAUAUUCCCAGGGCCCAGCCCUUGUUGACUGGCAUGGCCUGAGGGGAGAGCUGUCCCUGAGGACCCCAUAGCUCGGUUCCUGCCACUGACUCCAGACUAAAGAGGAGUCUGAGACCUAGAAGCUACCUAAGCCAGAGGAGCCCCUCCAUGCCCCUGCUCCACCCCCAUUCCUCAGCUCAGCCAGACGUGGCGUGGCGACAGCCCCCACCCUUGGCUCUGCCCCCCCCCCCCCCACACACACACCCCAGGGUAGGAGGCGGCUUCACCUGGGAGUACUGAAGACCCUGGGGUGGGAAGGGGCAGGGUCCCAGGCCAGGAAGGAGGCUCCAGCUAUCCUGGUGCCCUUCACCCCCAGUUGCAAAGUUCAGGCCUGAUAGGAUGCCUUGCCUCUGUCCUCUUCCCUUCCAAAGUGCAGAGCCCAUGUCAGAAGGGGAAAGGGGAUAGUUUCUAUAACAUUCUUGACCUGGCCUCUUGGAAGCUUGUGAGGGUUCAGAGCUAUUAUAAAUGACACUCAGGAGGAGGUCACGAAGGCCAGUCCCCUGCCUUCAGUACUAGGACACAAAGCCCUGAUGGGCACAUCUGACAAUAUCUAGACCCUCUUUUUUGUUCAACUGUGGUAAAAUAUACAUACCAUAAAAUUUAUCAUUUUAAUAAUUUUUAGUGUCACCCGGAGGCAUUAGAUACAUUCACGUUGUUGCGCAACCAUCGCCACCAGCCAUCUCCAGAACUUUUUUUUUUUUCCAGAACUUUCUCAUCAUCCCAACUUACCAUACCCAUUAAACAGUAACUUUCCAGGGGAUGCCCGGCUGGCUCAGUUGGUAGAGCAUGCAACUCUUGAUUUUGGGGUCAUGAGUUCAAACUCCAUGUUGAGCAUGGAACUUACUUUAAAAAACAAAACAAAACAAAACAAAAAAGGUAACCCCUCUGGCAACCACCACAUUCUACUUUUUUUGUCUGUGAUUUUGACCAUUCCAGGGACCUCAUGGAAGUGGAAUCAUAAUGUCUUUGAGGUUUAUCCAUGCGGUAGCAUGUGUCAGAGUUUCCUUCUUAAACUAACUUUUUUAAUGUUCAUUCAUUUUUGAGAGAGAGAGAGCAUGAGCGGGGAGGGACAGAGAGCGAGGGAGACACAGAAUCCGAAGCAGUCUCCAGGCUCUGAGCUGUCAGCACAGAGCCCGAUGCGGGCGGCUCUGAGCCACCCAGGGCCCGCAGAAUUUCCUUUUCUUUUUUUUUUUUCUAAAGUUUAUUUAUUUUGAGAGAAAGAGAGAGAGAAAGCACAGGUCAGAGAAGGACAGAGACAGAGGGAAUCCCAAGCAGGGUCUACACUGUCACUGCAGAGCCUGACAUGGGGCUUGAACCCACAAACCAAAGUUGGACACUUGAGCCAAAGUUGGACACUUGACUGACUGAAUCACCUGGGUACCCCUCCCAGAAUGUCCUUCUUUAAUGCUGAAUAACAUUGAAUGCAUAGACCACAAUUUGUUUAUCCACUCAUCCACCAAUGGACAUUUUGGUUAUUUUUGACUUUCUUCCUUUUUUUUUUUUUUUUUUAAUUAAAAAAAAAUUUUAUUUUAAGUAGGUUCCACACCCAAUGUAGGGCUUGAAUUCACGACCCUGAGAUCAGGAGUGGCAUGCUCUACCGACUGAGCCAACCAGGCGCCCCUAGACUUUCUUCCUUUUAAGUGAGAAAAGGCCUGGUCUUUGAGGAUGGAGAUUUCAUAGCCUCCUCCUCUCCAGACCCAAGAUUCCCCACCCCCAGCCAACUGCUCAUUGGUCUCCAGCUAUUACCAGAAAGCAGGGCCCCACAAGUGGAGGACCAACUGGUCACUAUUAGCCUUUUCUGGUUAAAACAGUUGCCUCUUGGCUUUCUUUCCCCCAAUUUAGGCAUCCCUGUCUCCUUGACCCUUAUUUCCUCGGAUCUCCUCUGCCCUUCCCUAGGUCAUGGUUUAUAUGUACUGAGUGUGGAGGGAGUGACCCUGACGCUGAGGGUCAGAAGACUGCUAUCUGGGGGCUGCAGUUUCUUCAUCUGUUAAAUGGGGAUAACUGUUCCCACUCCGCCUUCAUCACCAGCUUGUUGUAAGGCUCAGAGGAGCCUCCCUGAAAGAGCCAUGCUUUCACUAGCUUCUUCAUGCCUUUCUGCAUACUGAGCACCCUCUAAUUGUCAGGCACUGUGCUGUGGAUAUGAAGAGUGAACAGGACCUCAGCAUGUAGUAAAGAAAAGAGGAGAAUUUUGAUAUGUCAGUGUCGUUGGGCCUUUGAGGCCCAACAGAUCUGGGGUUCAGAGUUCAGCUUUCUUCUUUCAUUAGUUGGGAGAACAGAGUAAGUUAACUUUAUUUUCUGUUUUCUCAUCCGUAAAAUGGGUCCUAAUGAGAAUUGAAUGUGGAAGUCCAUGAAGCCCUUGGCACAGGGCUGGCACAGAGUCCGUGCUCAUCUAAUAAUGACAGCCCUUUGCCCAAACUGGCAGGUCCAGAUACACUGUCCUCCACCUUCCUACAGGGACUCCAGGUAUAGCUCGUCAAGCAGCACCCCCUCCCAAAGGCUGUCACCUGCAAGUGGCCCCCUCUGUAUAGACCUUAGGUUGGCUGAGGCCAUAUCUAUUUUGUUAUGCUGAUGAAGGUCAGACCCGGCUUUGAUGAACUGACCUCAGAGUAGGCCGGAGGUCAAGGUUAGGCCCCCUACCACCCGGCAGCCAAGAUUUCCCUGCCUGGACCCUGGACUGAGCAGCUCUGGGCUCUUCCCUUGGUGCAGCUCUCAGCUUGGCAUGGUGCGGUCAGGCCUAGAGCACAAAGUGAGUGAGGAGCCAGGAACAAGGGGCCAUUGUUGGCCCAGAGUUGUUUCUGGUUUCAAUUACUCUGCAGAGCACGAGGAAAUUCAGAGUAAGCGUGGGUCAGGAGCCUGCUAGGGCAGGAGUCAAGGGCUCUCCCCCACCCCACAUCCCUGUCUUUGGCCCUUGAGGGGUCUGUUGUCCCUGUUUGACUGCUGGAGGGCCAGGCAUGUCAGUUUUAUUGCUCUGGGAGCCUGGGCUCUGGGGCAGAGGCCUGGUUGACCCAGACAUUUUUAGCUCUUGCCCACUCUGGUUCUUCAUGGCUGGUGCCAGGAGGUGCCAGGGUCCCUCCCUGGGUGGGAUCACAGAGGGACAUUCAUGUGGGUCCUUGACACCUUCUCCCAAUCGUCUUUCGGGCUGCGCUGACCACUGCUGGGCCCCUGGAUCCUGGGAAUGGCCUGGUUUUACCUAAGGGUGUGGGGGCAGCUAUGAGAAAGCCUUGGGGCUGGCUUUUCCCUUUCAUUCCACCACCCCAGCCCUCAACCCCUGGCCUGGCAUCCACAAUGCUAGGCAGUUCCCUCCCCUGGGACGCUGCAGUGGCCACGCUGGGAAUGGUGUUUCGGCCUUUCCCCCCAGAAGGUGGAGUCCUCCCCUGUACCCAGCCUCAGUCCUGAUGUGCACAAGCAGGGGAAGCGUCUGCCUCUAGAGUUUGCGUUUCGUAUCCCUGCUGCCUGCUGUUCUCAGAGCUGGCCCACGCAGGGCUCUUCUCUUUGCUGCUGCCACCACCACCAGGCCAGCCCAGAGGCACAUGGGGACAGGGGAGGUUUGGUGCCAGCACUGUUCCUCUCCCUGCUUCAGACACUGCCUCCUCCCAGAGGUCUUGGGACUGGAGCCAUUGUCCUGCCCCACCCCAUCCCCUGCCCGUCUCAGAGCUGUUCAUUCCCACCUGCUGUCACUUCUCAAGACUGGUCCAGAUGCCUCAGUUACACUUGGAGAGCAGGCAGCAGGAUGGGGGAAAUCCAGGGGCGGGAUACCUUGGGAGGGCCAGUGCCCCGCUACCCAGAGACUUCCCCACACUUCUCCAACCUCUCUCGUUCCACCCCUGCUCAGCCGCCUCCGCCUCCCAGGUGUUCCUGAUGUGGGGAGGCGGACUCUGCCCCAGUGGAUUCUGGAGAUGGGAAGCAUUCAAUAGGAAACAGCUGGAGGCUGGAAUCUCCCUCUUGCCCUCCUGCCCCUCUUGGGAAUGCCACCUUGAGGGCAGGCCUGGUGCCCCCUCCCUAGGCCCACCUCUCGGGUGGGUGGCAAGCAGAGAAGCUAAUUCAGAGAGGACCUUGGGAACUGACUCAUUCAGGGCCCGAGAGUAUCCAGCUUCUCAACAAACCACAAGAGGGGUGCUGUCUUCCCAGCUCUGGGGGCUCCCAGACUCAGGCGGAAGAGCUGGGUUUGAUCCCAGCUCCACCACCUAAUAGCAAGGUGGCCUCAGGUGACCUCUUGAGUGCUUCCUCUGGAACCCGUGUGAAUAUUAAAUGAGAUUACAGAGGUGACUGUACAUUUCAGUAACCGCUGAGCUCCCUGCAGGCAGAGGCUGCAACUUUAUCUUCCUAGAAAUCAAAAAAACUGGUCUCUGGGUGGUCUUGCUUUUGAUUUUUUUGAAAAGAUCUCUGAGAAAAGGACUUAGUAGAGGAAUUGCCAGGGACAUCCCUGAGUGAGGGCUGAGGUGGAUAUGAAUGCUCACAUGGGGCACCUCACAUGGGGUCUGCCAGCCUCCCUCACUGUGGGUGCUGCAGACCCAGCCGUGGCCCCUCACUGCAGCCCAGCCUUUGCCACGGCAUUGAAGGGUGUGAGCAGUGGUGGCACUCCGCAAGGGUCUGACCCCCAGGCGCAGCCCACUUCCCGUGAGCUGGGACAGGAGAGGCUGGGCACAGCCUAGCCUGCUCAUACCCUUAGAGGCAAGAGCUGGGCUGUACUGGCUUCAGGACCAAGGUGACCCAGAAAGCACCAGCCUGAAUGACUCGGUGAGUGUUAUCCAUUUGGAAGGCCUCCGAAGGGAACCCACACCAGCAAAGCAGAGGCCCACAGCUUUCCCAAAGCAGAGAGAAAAGUAGAGAUAAGACACGAGUUCAGAGCCAGGACUCUGACCCGGAAGUCUCCUUAAAAAGCCCCUCAUCUCCCCAGCCUCCACAUCUCCCCGCCCUGAGGGCAAGCAGGGGCCAAUGGCUGUGGUUAAGAGAAACAGCAGUUCUCAUGAGAACCAUCCCCUGGAAGGAGGCUAAGGGGCUCCAGGUUCUGCCUACUGAGCUUAGGGGUUGCUGGGAGGGACCUGGAGCACCCCAUCCAUCCUGGGCUUUAGCCAGGGGCCUCUUCUUUCUUCUGUUUUUAUCUGACUGGGGGGCAGGGAGACUUUGGUAUAAGAUUUCAUUUGGAAAGAAAGGCAGAGAGUGUCCUCUGCAAAAAAAAAAAAAAAAAAAAAAAAAAUUCAUUGAUGACCAUUUGUCUGGUCCAAGCCCCUGUUUUAACAGGUGUGGAAACUGAGCUCAGAGAGAGAAAGUGGCUCCUGAGUCUCCAGUGACCAGGCAGGACUCUUGCCCAGGUUCCCUGGCUCCCAGGAGCUUUCUUCUGUUCAUUUGGAGCUGAGAGUUGAGUGGAAAAGAGUUGGUUAAUCAUAGAGCAGGAGAAAAAAAGGCAUAGGGCCUCACUGGAUCCUGACUUACUUUCAAACCUUCCUGUUUGAGGCUGUUGUGUCUUCAGCAUGAGGCCUGGGGCGGAGGGGGGGGGGGCCUGCCUCUCCCCGAACACUGUGCUGGGAGACCCUGGCCACAUACCUCCUUCUGGUGAGAAGGAGCAGGCAAGAAGUCAAAGGGGUCUGGGUGCUGGUCUGGCCAUGAGUUGUAUGGGGAACAAAUAGAAGGACACGGUAGGUGUGUUCUUCCCGCUCUGUCCCUGGGUGGGGUUUGUUUUAGAUAAGCGAGAUGUUCCCAAAGGCUCCAGUGGGUUUUCCAGCCAUUUCCAUGACCAAAUAUGCCAUGAGAAUCACUAGGGGUUGCCAGGGAUGUGCCAUUUGGUAUAGUUCUAUAGGAUAAGUACAGAAGGAGGUGAGAACACACAUUAAGGAUGCAGGGAUACAGAGCCAGGAAUCUUAAGGGGAGUGUCCUCGUGCUUUCUCACAGCUGCUCUGGGAUGUACCACCUGCCCCGCCAGUUUGCACACCCUGCACGAGGGCCCCGGUCUGUCUGGGCUCCGGCUGCUGGCCCUGCUGGUUCUCUCAGGCUGGACUCCUGUGCCUGUCUUUGGGCGGGGACUGCCACGGGCUUCCUUUCUGCAGCCCUCCAGCUUCAGACUCCAUCAUGCUGUCUACCACCACCUUGCUCCCCAGCUCUGCUCCCCAUCCUCAGUGCAAUCCCAGGGAUAGAGGAUCAGGGUUCUAGUCUGGGCUGGGGGAGAAGAGGGAAGUCUUCUGCGGAAAAGGGGGUCACUCCAGAGAAGUGGCAGCAGCAUCCCAAAGUCCUGAGAAAGAACCUUCUUCCUAGCAUUCGCAGGCUGGAGGAUUUGCCUGGAAGCCGUCCCCACCCCCAGCUGUCACCAAGGCAGCACUGGUGGCAGUCCCUGCCUCUCCCGCCCACACAUCUCAGGCUGCAUCUAUUCCCUGUUGACCUUUUUUUCUUCAGUGAUGCCGCUACUGACCACUUUAACCCGAUUUUGCCUCAUGCAGGCUUGUGCUGGGUGCCUGGCCCCAACCGCCCCAGAUAUACACCCCUCCUUAGGUGGAACCCAGGGCCCUGCACCUCCCUAAGGGCGGCCCUUCUUGUUCCUUCUGCAGAGAGCCUGGAAGGGGGGGGGGGGUGCAGAGAAGGGAUGAGGGAAGACAGGACAGUCUACUAGGAAUGUUUUUAAUUCCAAAGACAGCGACAUCUGUUCGUGUGGGCCUUCCCGCCCAGGCUCUGUUUAUCCAGACAGGGGGCCCUUGCAUGUCCUCAGCGGCGGGUUCUGCCAGGUGUGGCUGGACGGAAGGGAUGGACAGAAGGGGGAAGGGGAUGCAGUCCUUUCCUGGGUGGUCAGGACAGCCUAAGCCUAGCCCAUCCAGCAAAGAUGAGGAAGGGUCUGUGGUGGGCUGGAGGGACUGGAAUUCAGACGGUCGCUUUUGAGGAAGUGACUGGGAACAUUUGUCUUGCACAAACCCCCCUGCAGCCUGCUCCUAGACCAUUGAUUCCAGGAAGGAGUGAGUCAGGCUUAGGGAAGAGAAGGCAAAUCUGUGCUGUCCCAGAGAGAGCCCCCAGCCCACGGGGAGGAAGGGAAAGAUGAACAUCUCAAGGGAAGAGCCUCCCAACUCGGCUACCCAUCUGCUAAGGCGCUUAUGUCGCCAUGGAGACCAGUUGGCCAGCUUUCACCCAAUCAGAGUUUGCUUUACCCAGACAAGUAUUGAGCCUGGGGUUCCUAUGACAGGCAAGCAUAGGGCUUUGGGAACAGGAUCUAGACUGCCUCCCUUCUCCCACACAUCCAGUGGUGGGGGAGGCACACCUUGUCCCACAGGGUGCAGUUUGGGGGAGUAAACUGUACCCUGUGGCAUAUGACCCAGAUAGAAGGAAGAGAACCUUAGAAAGCCAGCAAGGGGCCAGUUUUGAAGUUAACCAGCUGAUGGUACCAAGCAUACCGACAUGGUCAGAGAUGUUAAUGGCACCUUCCCAGCCAGUUACACAACCAGCGGUUGCACGUCAGCUGAAGGGUUGCAGAGGAAAGCCAAGCGGAUGGCCUUUUUCCACAGCUCUCAAGGCUCAUGCCAACCCCUCCUCCUCCAAGAAGCCUUCUGCGGUUCCUCUGACUAGAAAUUUGCUCUCCUUUCCUUCAACUGUCAUUGCACUUUAUCUGUGCUCUUCUUAAGGCCUAAGACUGGGUUUCAUGAGAGCUAAGGUGAUGCUUUGGCCAUCUGGGUAUGGCAGGCACAUGGUAGGCACACACUUGAUAUGUGUCAAGUGAGGGAGUGCUUUUCUGCUGCCUGUUAAAGGUAUUUAAGCCCAUGUCUUGCUCUUCUCUUAGGCUCUCAGCCUUGUCAAGCACAGACUUUCGAUUCAUGUCUGUGAUGAUUCCUCAGCCCCACACCCAGGGUCAAACACAUAGCCAGGCCCUCAGUCAGCGCCUCUUGAAUGAAAUGAAUGAGUUGGAGAAGUGAAGACUGCAGCAGUGAGCGAUGCCUUCCUGGAGGAAUGGGUUUUGUGACAGCCAGGGUGGGGAACCUGCCUGGCCCCUUGUGGGACUGGAGGAAGACUCUCUUCAGAGGGAGCAUCUGGUGCCCUGGGAGAGGCAGAUUAGGGAUGGGUCAGGAAGGAUAGGGGGCCUCAGGCCUCAGCUGGGCAGGGGACACAGAUAUGUCCCUGCCUCUGUGGGUCUCUUUCUCUCCCCCUCAGGGAGUACCGGGCAAGGUGUCAUGGGCCGGCCGUGUUUAGCUGCUGCGACUUUGGGCAACUUUGGCUCAGAUGUGAGGAGACUCCGUGCAGCCUUGGCAGCUUAGCCCUGUCUGCGCUGUGUAGAAGCAGGUGUGGAGUGUGGAGCCCUAGAAUAGAUGGAGCUGGCCCGGCCACCCUGUAGGGACACCCAGAGCCCAGCAGAGCUCCAGGACCCCACUUCUACCCGCCAGGCAGAGGGAGUGCAGAACCAGAUCCUGCAAUGCAGGAUACGACAGUGGUGCUGUCCGCCGGGCCUGUUCUGGCUGGACCCAGCAUGGCCUUGGGUAGGGUGCUCAACUUCCGGUCUCCUUCAUUUCCUCAAAUGGAAAAUGGGGGUGCUGGUACUGACUUCGUAAGGUUGAGGAAUCACGAAGUGAGUUAAUCCAUGUGGCUUAGCACGGUGCCCAUCACACCGUAAAUGCUCGGUAAAGGGUGGCUUUUAUUAUGACCAGGUCUUGGCUUUCUUUGCAGUGAAUCCCUGCGUCGGGCUCCAUGCUGAACAUGGAGCCUGCUUGGGAUUCUCUCUCUUUCUCUCCCCCUGCCCCUCCCCUGCUCAUGCUUGCACGCACUCGCUCACUCUCUUUCUCUCUCUCUCUCUCUCUCUCUCAAAUAAAUAAAUAAAUAAUAAUUUUUUAAAAAGGAAAAAAAAAGAACCAGCCACACUUCAGUGAGGCCCAGCGGUUGUGAGCACCAGAAGCUUUGAAAGAGACCUGUCACUCCCCAGCUACAGUUGUGUGACCUCAGGCAAGAAUUUUCCCUCCCUGAGCCCCAGUCCUCAAAACUCAGAAAACGGAGACAGUAACACAGGCAUCACAAAAGUUGUAAGGCCUAAAUGCAGUUGGAUAUCUGAAAGCCCUUUUCAUGAGACCUGGCUCGUGGUUGGCAUCCUGAAAACGUUGGUUUCCUUCCUGCUGUGAGCCCAGCUCUGCAUAAUGUGAUGUCUCUGGGUUUUGUGUACCCUAACCAUCUGGGGGCCUUCCCCCCACCCCCACCCCAACACCAGGCUCUAACUUGGUGAUUCAUUUCUCACUCUGGUUAGAAUGUUUACCAACUUGAGGGUAAAGAACAAGUUCGUUCUUCUCUGUCUUCCGAGCCACCCAGCCCAGACAAAGUGGCUGAUUGCCCUUUGCCAAAGUGGCUCUGCCCGCGGCAGCACAAAACUGUUUGGGGUUUUUCUGGUGAAGUGCAUGCGGCCACUGUUAAAAGUGGCUGUGUGAGGGGCACCUCUUGCUGGGCAUUUGUAACCAGUGUCAUUCUUGUCUUUUGCUCAUGUCCUUGGAGAAUGGCCCAUGGUGACCAGUUCCUUCCAGACCCCUAGAGCCCAGGAGGCUGCCCCACUGGAGAACUUCGUUAUUCUUUACAUUCCGAAGAGGUGGUUUGUGAGUGCCAGUCCACACAUGUCUGGUCCUGUCACCAAAUUGGCAUCCGGGGAGGUGCCUGGGGGCAGGAGUUGAGAGUAGGGGAAGCAGAACUCCAGGGCAGUGCAGGACCUUUGCCUGGGACAAGGGCAGUUGUCCAUGGCCAGAACGCAGCUCCUGCCCCCUGCAGACCCCCCUCUGGCUUCCUCCCAAGCCCCCCUCACAUCCCCCAGGCCCCCAGGGAGCAGCCUGGUGGUGAAGGGGUUAGCCGCGGAUGGAGAGGGGAAUGGACUGGAUUGUGUUUAGCUGCUUGUCAAACUUUAUUCAGUACUUGGGCUGAGGGUCGGUGAGCUGGAGCCCCAGGCUGCCAAGAGUUAAAACCCGGAGGUUGGGUUUUUUGGAGGGGCAGCCGCCAGCGCCUCCUUUGAGUCACUUCCUUCGGUGGGGGCGGGUCCCCGCGCGGUCUCGGGAGGUCCGUGGCGCACGCACUGGGGCGUCCCUGCGAGCCUGGCGCGGACCAGCAGGCGGAGAAGAGGGCCCGCCGCCACCGGUGCGCUCCUCUGGGAGGCAGUCUCCGGGGAGGGGAGGAGAAAGCAGAGCCGCACACCAUGCGCUUCCCUGUCCGGCUGGAGUAACAGUCCAGGCCAGCCCGGGGGCUGAGCGCUCCGCACGCUCCCUCUAUCUUCGCCGCUGCAGCUGAGCCCCGGCGGCCAGGCUGCCCGCGCCUCUGCCUCUCCCGUGUCCCCGGAGCUGGCACCGCAGGCCCGGUUGUAGUCCGGGCCGGGUCCUGCUGCCGCCGGCAUGACCGACAUUCUGCCUCAGCCCGACUGCAGCCUGAAGGCGGUCUGUGAGCCCCUGGAGCGCUGCUGCCUGGAUCGGCUGGAGGAGCCAGGGAGCAAGCGGCCCCCCAACACGGGCGCCCGGCUCUGGGGCCGGGUGCGCAGCAAGCUGCUCCGCCAAAAGUUGGAUCCACAAACUGUAGAAACCAAGAACUGGCACACGGAUGUGAUUGAGAUGAACGGGAUCAAAGUGGAAUUCUCCAUGAAGUUCACCAGCCGAGAUAUGAGCCUAAAGAGGACCCCGUCCAAAAAGCAGACUGGAGUCUUCGGCGUGAAGAUCAGCGUGGUGACUAAGCGGGAGCGCUCCAAGGUGCCCUACAUCGUGCGGCAGUGUGUGGAGGAGGUGGAGAAGAGGGGCAUCGAGGAGGUCGGCAUCUACCGGAUAUCAGGGGUGGCCACCGACAUCCAGGCGCUGAAGGCCGUCUUUGAUGCCAAUAACAAGGACAUCCUGCUGAUGCUGAGCGACAUGGACAUCAAUGCCAUCGCCGGCACCCUCAAGCUCUACUUCCGGGAGCUGCCCGAGCCCCUCCUCACAGACCGACUUUACCCAGCCUUCAUGGAGGGCAUCGCCCUGUCAGACCCUGCUGCCAAGGAAAACUGCAUGAUGCACCUGCUCCGCACCCUGCCCGACCCCAACCUCAUCACCUUCCUCUUCCUGCUGGAACACUUGAAAAGGGUUGCUGAGAAGGAACCCAUCAACAAAAUGUCCCUUCACAACCUGGCUACUGUGUUUGGCCCCACGUUACUGAGACCCUCAGAAGUGGAGAGCAAAGCACACCUCACGUCGGCUGCAGACAUCUGGUCCCAUGACGUCAUGGCACAGGUCCAGGUCCUCCUCUACUACCUGCAGCACCCCCCCAUUUCCUUCGCAGAACUGAAGCGGAACACACUGUACUUCUCUACCGAUGUGUAGCCCAAGGUGGGAUCAGCUGUGGGGGCGGCCCGAGCCAGCCCCUCCAGCCGGGGGACCCAACACAGACUUGAAAGACUACAAUAGAAAACUCCCAAACCCAGCACUCCAGACUCCAAGGGACACAGAUUUCCAAGAACUGGAAUAUGUGCAUCUUUCGUGCCACCUUGUACAAAGCCAGCUGACCCAGCCCCCAGCCUCACCACCAUGCCCCGGGCCCCGCCCUCUGUACCUCGAGUUGUGUCUAAUGCCCCGUGCUGUUCAGGAAUUGUUUUAUGUCUAUUUGUCAUGCAGAAAUGGUAGUGACCGACCCAGUAUGGGCAUACAGACAGCCUGCUUUGUUCUUUCAUUUCCUCCAACACUUUCUUUCCUCCUGAGUCCAGUCCAAGGGCUUUUAUUUUGCGCUCUGUAACCACUGCCAGCUUAUCCUCUCUUGGCCCUGCUCCCAGAUUGCAGUCUCCUGGCAGCCUCUCCUCGGGUUUCCUCCACCCUCUACUUCCUCCCAGCCUGCCCACAUGCAUGUGCAGCCUUGGUUUUUGCUCCAUCACUUUGAAAGUUGAGGAGACCCCGGGUGGCGGUGGCGGUGGUGGCUUGUCAAAGGCUGCCGCUUGCUGCCCCCCGCCCCCAGCCCUUUCCUUGUCCUCUACCUGUGGAAGCACACCUGCUUUGCCUUGCUGCCUGUGCAAAUGUUGGACAAGGGGACAGACUCACACUAAUCCUCAGCUUAGCACAGAGCUGGAGAGCAGAUUUCUGGAAUUUUCCACCUGACAAUCUCCAUUUCUGGGGUUUAUCUGUUCUGUCUCCUGCCUACUUUCACUGAGGCAUCUUUCACUGUUUCUUCUGCUUUUCAGUUCCUUUUCCCCUGGUGUUCUAUUUCCUUUGAGCGUAGAGACUCAGAAGUGACCCAAUAUUAAGAGAGCCAGAGGGUCAGGAAUCAGGGGAGGUGGGAGGCGGGCCACUGAGGAAACAAGACAGGUUGAACAUUCGGAGGGGUGCCAUGUAGCACCAGGUACCCCGAGUUGGGGGGAAGUGGCUCUCAGCAACAAGGAAUUAUAGUGGCUUUUGUAGUGGAGCCAGGUCUCUAGGGGGGCAACUAAUAUGGCUGAAGCAGGUAUCUAGAAACACGCAGGCUCCAUCCAGGAGGCAGUCCUUCCUGGCGCCUCUCGUACCUUGCGGUACCUUUGCCUUAGAUGUUACACAUCCUCCACAGCCAAGCACUGCCACAGGGCAGCCCCCGAGGCCGUGUGUCCCCCAGGGCCUAGGAAGCACAGGCAGGGUCCAGGUCCAGUAGUAGCCAGUCAUCCUGGUGCUGCCUCCCCACCCACCCACAGCUUCUAGAUGCAGCCUUUUGGGUGAACUCUAGGCAACUCCAGAAGUGGGGAGGAAUGAGGAGUCAUGGGCAGCUGCCUCUUUUGGGACUGGGAUUUGCUGGGGACUUUCAUUGUUGACUAUCUUUCCCAGAGCAGAGGAUCAGCAGGUUCUGUUCCCAGCUCGGAGACCCCUUUCUCCACACUGAAAGGACUGAGAGGUAUCUCCUCCCACCUGAGCAGUAGCUGCCAGCAUGUGGCAGGUGGCUUCAGAGAACACUCCUAGGCUUGAGCUGUAGUACACGGCUCUCUGGCUCCAUGUGGCAGAGAAGUAGAGAACGGUUCCCUUAGAUUGUGCUCAGGGCGGAGUUUUAAAGAAGGGUUCGCUGGACCUAAAGGUAGAACGUUUGCUCAGUGAGAGGCAGGGAGGGCCCUUUCUGAUCUUGUUUACACCUGUUGCCCAAUCUUGGGCAGAACGGUACACAUUCUGUGCACAUCAGAGGAAAGAAAUGCCUAACAGGAGGGAAAUACAUAGCUGCCUGUUAGCGGUUCAGCGAGGAUCCCUGCUCCUUGGGACAGGAGAUGGAGAAAGAACACCAUUUGAGUCUAAAGAUCCCAGCUUGUGACCAUCCCAGGAGUCUCUGCACUCAGGAGUUGGUGUAUGGCAUGGAAGGCUUCUGCUUCCAAAAGCCAUUAAUUAAUGGUAAUGAACUGGAGGACCAGUUAGAGCUAGUUACAGCCAAAAAAAUGGGUGCCUCCCACUUCCCUGAAACAAGAGACAUUUGCUUCUCAGCAUCAGGUAGCCACCACACCCCCCAAACUUGCUUAAGCAACUUGAGAACCGGAGGAAGGCUGCAGGGGCUGAGGAAUGCAAAAGGCUCAGAAUAUUUAUAAAUUCCAUCCCCAGGGUGGGGAGGGGCAGGUACCAGACAUGGACUAAGUUGCAUCAAGGAAGUAGCCCAUGGUUUCUCCUGAGAGUCAGGGACCGUGCAGCCCAGAAUCCCCAGCCACUGUGCCCAGCCGGGCAGGCUGUGCCAACAGGAGCCCAGCUGACAGGCUGCAGGAAUCCCAGUACGCCCAUCCCUGCUGGCAAUGGCUGUGGGCGGCCAGUUUUUGCUGAUACAGGUAGGAUGGGAACCUUCAUUAAUAUUUCACUUUAAUUAAGUUGGUAAGGAUAUAUUUUUUUUGGUCUAUGUUCUGUUUCAACUUAUGUAGAUUAUUAUAAAUUGAUGUAAACCACGUGAGAGGAAAAUGUCAAUAAAAAAAAUGCAAAGCCCCAACAUUUGCACACAACCCAGCCCUGUGGUGUGGACAUUUGUAUACUCAGUAGUCCAGGGAAGACCACCAAUCUAAACAUUUUAACUCCUCCAGCUGCAUCCAGAUGGGAGCUCCCAGGAAUCUGUGCACCUAGUCAACUUCCCUUGAGCUUCCCUUCAGCCUACAGGGACUGUGGCACCUUGGGGGGAGGUGAGCCCAGCCCCCUCUGUGUGCUUCACAGAGGUCUCAGGUCAGUCACUAACCAAUUCCUUUCAUGAAGGACAAAGGCCCCAACAACCUGGACAUCAGUGUGCCUCCAAUAGAUGGCAGAAAGUUGUCCAUCCCAGGGGAGUUUUCUUAUUUUAUGUAAACUCUUCUCUGCAUUUUCCUUGGAAGUGGGCGUCUUUGGGGCAGCCUUUUGGCCUAGUCUGAUUGUUGGAGAGGCUGGAUCCUCUAGGGGGCCCUGCCUCCCUUUAGGAGAGCCAGUAGGGUUAAUAUAGGUUCCUACCAGCCUAAGCCAUUGGACACUGUUUAUUCUGGAGAUCAGCAACAGAUGUCUCUGAAAAUUGGUGUUUGGUUUAUGAGCUCAUACUGACUCCUUAGCCAUCUAAAACAGGAAACUAUUCAUCUCCUUUCUUGAUUGAAUAGUCAAUGUGGACAAUGCUUGGCUUAUUGAAGUGAUGGCUACUGACAGCCUAGGGCUCAUCUGUCCAAGGCGGUCAUGAAAGCAGCAUUUCUUGUCCUCAUUUGGCGUAUCUGACCCUACUUUCUGGACCGGCUGGUAGAAGAUGCCAGGUAUCACAGCUGCCAGGUAGGAGUGUCUGUUCUUGCUCUCAAAGUGCUUAUAGGUGACAUAUUUAGGGACUGUAUAGGAAACACUCUUUUGUUCCCAGACCUGAGGAUACUCCAGCUGGCCUAGGGGCAAUGAAGUCUCACACCUGUGAGACUGGACGGGAUAUUAUAUAGAAUUCACCACAUAAGGACAGGAAUGCGUUGGCUCACACUCAUUGCAAAGGAAACAGCAUGCAUAGCCAGAGGAAGGUGUUGCCAACUGAGUUGGACAUUAUCACUCAUGUACACACUCACACUUAGGGCAUCUGGACACGUCAGCUGAGUGAAUUCUGGUUAAGGGUGGGUGAGCUAGAAGACAGCAGAAGGGGGGGAAAGAAAGCAAAGAAAAAAGAAAAGAUGAAGAAGUUAGCGUGCAGUAGAAAACAGGAGGCGUUACUGCUGGCUGAAGGCGGCUGGAAUUAUACAGCCCCACAAAGUCUACCUGCCUGCCCCCAAGUGGCAGAGCCUGAGCUCAUCACCUUCAUGUCAUCAGUGAAGCACCGGAGUAAAGGUCUCAGGGCAGAUCCAAAAGCCUAUUUUCUUUUGCCCCAGGGCACACAAUUAGGAUGAGCUUCUGUUUU